AUGAAGAGCAAAGCCAAAGGGACUAUUCUGCCUCUGCGGCAGGCCGAAUUCGACGCCCUGCCGUAUUCAGUCCAGAGAAAGUACUUUUCAUCCCUGGAGCGUUUGCAGAUCGCCCAGCACGCCUCCGACGAGCCUACUACAUCAGGCCGCUCGUCCCAGGCCAGCACCGCUUCCAAAUCCCACCGGCCCUCGCUAUCUCUCGGCACCGGACGACGCAGACGCAAAUCCGAAAAGGCUGUGCACGCUCACGACAUCUCCCACAUUGACCUUGACUUCUUUCUCUCCUUGCCUGAAAAGGUCCGCAAGCAGCAUUUUUCCCGCGAAGAGCAGGCCCUCCUCCAAGGCAGGCACGAACAGGCGUUCCUUCCCGACGACCAGGACCCCGAGUGGGCACAACAACGCUUCAACGAUUUUCACUUCGACUUCUCCCACUCCACGCUCGACCUUCCGGAACCCGGCCGUUCACGACGUCGUUCAUCUUCGGCCUCUUCAACCGUCAGCCCUUCCCGCCCUACUUUCGGGCCUUCUUGUACAUCAAACACGGACAAGGACCGAAACACCCAUUUACUAUAUCUCGACACAAUGGCCACGCCCAUCUUCCAUCGGAGGGAAACCUCAACGGCAGACAUGAGACGAACCAUGUCCCUCACAUCGCACCCUGUCCGCCUUGGAUCUUCAUACAUGGCGGAUCCUCCACUCUUCAAUGCCAGGCCGAAUCGACUCCACCAGCGUGCCCACUCUUCUUCUCUUACAGGCCACAUAUCGCCGUCUACGCCGCCAACUCUCAUGAUCGACCCCGAAGCGACACACUACCAGGAUCCCGAGGCGAGGAAAAAGCUGCGCAUGUAUCUUGCAUCUCCUCAAAAGUUCGACGAAGCGAUUGAAUUCGGCUUCCCAUCGUCCGCUGGAAGCGACGCCGCUACACCCCACUUCCAGCUGCCACAGAUCGACAAUCAUGCUCGCAAGUUCAGCCGAGACAUGCACACCUUCCUUAGGGAUGGGCAGCUGUCGUUCUUCGAAGACCAUCCAAAGGAGAACCAGGGACUGGAAUCUGAUGCCGGCUCUGUAGCCGAUAUGGACUCACCUGCCACGCCCUCUAGCACCGGCCUGUCUUUCCGCAUGCACUCCCGACAAAUCUCGCACCGCAAGUUCUCGGUCGAUUCGCCGGCUCCGUCGCCUGUCCACUCCGCCAAUGGGCAUUUUAAUCGCGAGAUGACACUCCGUAUGACCUUGACCCGGCCCGAUUUACGAGCUGACGAAGAUCAACUGUAUGGCUGGCAAGGCUCAGGCUCGAGCUCAAGUCCCAAAACCUCGAAAGACGAUCCUCUGGCACUGGAAGACCUUGUCUUCACCGACGACAUGACCGGUACCAAGGGCGCCUUCUACGUUAAGCCUAAACCGCGCGGAAACCUCGUGAGCCGCCUACUGAAGCGUGCCAGCCUCAAGGCCACCAGUCGCUGA